GCGGGGAGAAUGUCUUUUCCACCUCAUUUGAAUCGCCCUCCUAUGGGAAUCCCAACGCUUCCCCCGGGAAUUCCACCUCCACAGUUCCCUGGCUUUCCUCCACCCGUACCUCCUGGGACCCCUAUGAUUCCUGUACCAAUGGGCAUUAUGGCUCCUGCUCCAACUGUAUUAGUUCCUACCACAGUAUCUAUGGUUGGAAAACAUUUGGGAGUCAGGAAAGAUCAUCCUGGCUUAAAGAACAAAGAAAAUGAUGAAAACAGCGGUCCCACUACCACCGUUUUCGUAGGCAACAUUUCUGAGAAGGCUUCAGACAUGCUCAUACGGCAGCUUCUAGCAAAAUGUGGCUUGGUUUUGAGUUGGAAGAGAGUGCAAGGAGCAUCUGGAAAACUUCAAGCCUUUGGAUUUUGUGAGUACAAAGAACCGGAAUCCACUCUACGAGCACUGAGACUACUCCAUGACCUCCAGAUUGGAGAGAAGAAGCUGCUAGUCAAAGUUGAUGCAAAGACAAAGGCUCAGCUAGAUGAAUGGAAAGCAAAGAAAAAGGCUUCUAAUGGGAAUGCCAGACCAGAGACGACAACUGAUGAUGAUGAAGCCCUGGAUGAGGAAACGAAAAGAAGAGAUCAGAUAAUUAAGGGGGCCAUUGAAGUCUUAAUACGAGAAUAUUCCAGCGAGCUCAAUGCCCCCUCCCAGGAAUCUGACUCUCACCCCAGGAAGAAGAAAAAGGAAAAGAAGGAGGACAUUUUCCGCAGAUUUCCAGUGGCCCCACUGAUACCUUAUCCACUCAUCACCAAGGAGGAUAUAAAUGCUAUAGAAAUGGAGGAAGACAAAAGAGACCUGAUAUCAAGAGAGAUCAGUAAAUUCAGAGACACACACAAGAAACUGGAGGAGGAAAAAGGCAAAAAGGAGAAAGAAAGACAGGAAAUUGAAAAAGAACGCAGAGAAAGAGAAAGGGAACGGGAGCGUGAACGAGAAAGGAGGGAGCGUGAAAGAGAGAGGGAGCGUGAACGAGAGAAGGAGAAGGAACGGGAGCGUGAACGAGAGCGAGAUAGGGAUCGUGACCGGACCAAGGACCGAGACAGAGACCGCGAACGAGACCGAGAUCGUGACAGAGAUCGUGAAAGGAGCUCAGAUCGCAACAAGGAUCGGAGCAGAUCAAGAGAAAAAAGCAGAGACAGGGAAAGAGAAAGAGAGCGAGAACGUGAAAGAGAACGGGAGAGAGAGAGAGAACGUGAGCGGGAACGGGAAAGAGAACGUGAGCGGGAACGAGAACGGGAGAAGGAUAAGAAGAGGGACCGUGAAGAGGAUGAGGAAGAUGCCUACGAACGCCGAAAACUAGAGAGAAAACUGCGGGAAAAAGAAGCUGCGUAUCAAGAACGUCUUAAAAACUGGGAAAUCAGAGAACGGAAGAAAAGUCGAGAAUAUGAAAAAGAGGCUGAAAGGGAAGAAGAAAGAAGAAGGGAAAUGGCAAAAGAAGCUAAACGGUUAAAAGAAUUCUUGGAAGAUUAUGAUGAUGACAGAGAUGACCCAAAAUAUUACAGGGGUAGUGCUCUUCAGAAGAGGCUUCGAGACAGGGAGAAAGAGAUGGAAGCAGAUGAACGAGAUAGGAAAAGAGAAAAGGAAGAAUUAGAAGAAAUUAGGCAGCGCCUUCUGGCUGAAGGACACCCAGAUCCAGAUGCAGAACUCCAGAGGAUGGAGCAGGAAGCUGAGCGGCGUAGGCAGCCACAAAUAAAACAAGAGCCAGAGUCUGAGGAGGAAGAGGAAGAGAAGGCAGAAAAGGAAGAAAAAAGAGAAGAGCCAGAGGAAGAGGAGGAGGAGCCUGAGCAAAAGCCCUGCCUUAAACCAACUUUGCGACCCAUCAGCUCUGCCCCGUCUGUUUCUUCUGCUAGUGGAAAUGCAACCCCUAACACACCUGGAGAUGAAUCUCCCUGUGGCAUUAUUAUCCCUCAUGAAAAUUCACCUGAUCAGCAGCAGCCAGAGGAGCACAGGCCCAAAAUAGGACUUAGCCUCAAACUUGGUGCCUGCAAUAGCCCUAAUCAGCCCAAUGCUGUAAAGAGGAAGAAGCUUGCUGUGGAUAGUGUUUUCAAUAAAUUUGAUGACGAAGACAGCGAUGAUGUGCCACGGAAAAGGAAACUUGUUCCCCUGGAUUAUGGAGAAGAAGAUAAAAGCAAUAUCAAAGGCAGUGUCAAUACUGAAGAGAAACGCAAACAUAUUAAGAGUCUCAUUGAGAAGAUUCCCACGGCGAAACCAGAGCUCUUUGCUUAUCCUCUUGACUGGUCGAUUGUGGAUUCAACGCUAAUGGAACGUCGAAUUAGACCGUGGAUCAACAAGAAAAUAAUAGAAUAUAUUGGUGAAGAAGAAGCCACGCUAGUUGACUUUGUUUGUUCAAAGGUUAUGGCUCACAGUUCACCACAGAGCAUCCUGGAUGAUGUUGCCAUGGUACUAGAUGAAGAAGCUGAAGUUUUCAUAGUCAAAAUGUGGAGGUUGUUGAUAUACGAGACAGAAGCAAAGAAGAUUGGUUUAGUGAAAUAAAGCACUCUCCUUGCUUCUAGGGUUCCAUUUCAAUUUUGGGCUUUUUUCCCCCCAUCAUUCAAAGACUUCGAAUUUUCUCUGUUCUCAGAGACUUGAGACCUGUAUUUUUUUAUGUAGAAAAUGUGAAAUUUUUUUUUUUGUCCUCUGUUCUGGGGCCCCCUUUUUCCUUCUCAGCUAUAUGAGUCCUGCAUUGGUUGUUUUUAAAAUUCACAAGGUACAAUUACUGGUAUGGUUUAUAAGCUGCAGCUACUGUACAUGCUGUCUGGUAAUUUUGUUACGUUUCUCUGAUUCUUGUAAAUAUCAAGGAAAAAAGAUAGCCCCUGUUUUGCAAAACUUUUGUACUUAAUGUGGAACUAGAUCAGUUACAGAUGAAGGCAAAUUAUUUCACUGCAAAUUUGUUGUUGCUUAAUUAUUUUUUUUCAUAUUCUUCCUCUUUAUUUAAGGAAUGAUCAGAAUACAAUUUAAAAUUAAGUGGCUUGAGCUGCUUUCACCUAACAGCAUUGUGUCAUUUGAUCCCCUCAGACUUCCCAUUCUGAUGGGAACCAGCACCAGACUUAGUACUUCAUUGCCCAUUUAGAAUUACCAAUGAAGCUGGGAGUUCAUCUCUUGCAGAUGCUCUGCUUCUUACCUGGGCUGGGCAUUGCAAGUUGCAGGCAGGUUUUUUGUUCUUUGCUCAGUUAAAACCAGAGCAGGACCUCAAUUCAGUAAGUGCUGCUUAAGGAUUUUUUUUUUUUUAAUAAACCUAAAGUAUCUUCUGCUCUGUACCAUUUUAACCCUUUCCUACUACCCUAUCUGUCUCCAAAUGAUCAGAUGGUUUUUGGUUUUU